AUGAGAGUAGUGACGUCGACGUCGGCUUUAGUCUUGCUUGCAUGCACCAUACUGUCCGCUGCCCAGGACUUGGACGCCAAAGCGCGCGACAUUGUGGAACGUAUGAGCGUGGACCAGUUGCUGGGUCAAAUGACGCAGAUCACCAUUGACUUCGUGCUUGCCACACAAGACGGAGGCAAGGUGGUCAACGUGGGAAAAGUCCACGAAUUGGCCAACCAAGGCAUCGGAUCGUACCUAAACACGCCGUUCGUGGCAGCUCUUGGGGACAACUACGGGUGGAACGUGCAUGAGUGGCGCCAUGCCAUCGGCCAACUCCAAGAUGUCCACAUCCGCACGACCGGUACACCCAUCAUCUACGGACUGGACUCGCUCCACGGCGCCAACUACGUCAAAGGCGCCGUUCUGUUUCCCCACCAAAUCAACGUUGGCGCGACGUUCGAUCCCGAGCUGGCCCGUCGAAUGGGCCAUUACGCCGGCCGCGACACCAAGGCGGCGGGGAUUUCGUGGAUCUUCGGUCCGACCUUGGAACCUGUGCGCCACAAGGGGUGGCCACGCAUCAUGGAAACGUUUGGCGAAGAUCCGACGGUGGUUGCGGACAUGGGGAAAGCAGCGAUCGAUGGCAUCCAGAGCCAGGGGGUGGCGGCCUGCUUCAAACACUUCAUCGGGUACUCGGCCAGCAACAGCGGCAAGGACCGCGACCCGGUGUCCCUGAGCAACCACGAACUGCUCAACUUGUUCAUGCCGCCGUUCAAAGCCGCGAUCGAUGCGGGGGUGAUGAGCGGUAUGGACUCGUUCGUGUCGUUGGAUGGCAUCCCCAUGGCUGCCAACCGCAAAAACUCCAUCCAGUUCCUCCGCGACGACCUCAAGUUUGACGGUGUACUGGUCAGCGAUUGGGAAGAAAUCUACAUGUUGGAGUUCUACCACAACUAUGCCGCGAAUCGCGAGGACGCCAUAUACAAAGCCAUGACGGACUCGUCCUUGGACAUGAGCAUGGUGCCGCACGAUACGAGUUUCAUCGGACACAUGAAGGACUUGUACUACGCUGGGAAAAUUCCCCUCGACCGAAUCAAGACAUCGGUGACCCGCCUCGUCAAGAUGAAGCUCAAGCUCAACCUUUUCGACGUGCCGAUGCCGGGGGCCGAUGUCGUCAACCAGGUGGGCGACUGGUCGAGUCGGGCGGCGGCGUGGGACAUUGCCAAGGAGUCGUUGGUGUUGGUGAAGAAUGUGGACAAUGUUUUGCCGCUGGACAAGUCCAAGAAGUUCUUCUUCACGGGCCCAUCGAUCGACGACAUUGGACUCAUGUGUGGGGGCUGGACCUUGACGUGGCAAGGCCAGCAAGGCAGCUCCAUGUUCCCCAAUCAUUGGCGCACGAUCAAGGGCGCAAUGACAGAUGUCGUGAACGAUCAGUCCCGCACUGAGUUCUACCAAGGAGUCAACAUCGACGGCUCGUGGUGGGACAUCAACUGGGCCAAGCAGAAGGCCCAAGCCGCCGACUACACUGUGAUCGCGCUGGGGGAGCGGCCGUACGCCGAGUUCAAGGGCAACAUCGACCCAUACGAACUGCCCUCAGGACUGACUGAAUACGUCAAAGCCCUCGCCACCACGGGCACCAAGAUCAUUUUGGUGCUGGUGGAAGGGCGCCCUCGCUUGUUGAGUGGCAUUGCAGACGUCGCUGCAGCUGUGCUGUAUGCUGGGCUGCCCUGUGAAAUGGGCGGCGAAGCCAUCUCUGAAAUGUUGUUUGGAUUGACCAAUCCCAGCGGACGAAUGGCGAUGACGUACCCCAAGUCUACGGACCAAGUCAACUUGGCCACGCCGUACUACGGACGAGUGGGGGACGAGUGUGUCGUCGGCGGAGUCACGACUCAUUGUCCGGUCGAAUGGCACUUUGGCCACGGGUUGAGUUACACGUCGUUUAGCUACUCGGAUGCUCGGUUGUCAGUCACGAACCUGUCGCCGUCGUCGAGUGAGACGACGGUGACCGUCACCGUGACAAACGAGGGCGGCAUGACCGGCAAGGAGUCGGUGCUGCUGUUUGUGUCAGCGCCCGGGGGUCCUGAAACGAGAUUGCUCAAGAAAUACACCAAGGUCGAGCUGACACCAGGGCAAUCCAAGGAGGUGAGCUUUACGCUUUCUCCGGAUGACUUUGGCAAAUACGUCAACGAAAUCGGUCAAGGGCUGCGAAAAGAGGCAACUGCUGGAACGUACUACGUGUCACUCAAAUAUGACACCCUUUGCAAUGCAGCCACCCUUGGCCCCCACUGUAAGGCCUUCACGUGGAACAGUGCCAGUGCCCCAACUGUUUCUUUUUACAAGCUUCACGUGGACGCGUACGACUUUGUGCUUACAAACCCGUCCUCGGAGCCAGUCGUGUUUGUCGCCGACGUUGCCAAUGCGCCUGCGCAAGAGUGGUCCUUUGACAGCGCCACGAGUCAAGUCGUGAAUCGCGGCACUGGUCGCUGUUUGGACGCAUGGGAGCCCAAGAAUGGCGGGGCGACACACGUGGACUACUGCUUGGACAUUGGAACGCCUACUGGCACGAAGCCUCACUUGUGGCAGUGCCACGCAAGCACGCACCCGGAUUUCAAGAACCAGCAACUUAACCUCCUGUCGCCCUCCCUCCGAGUGGUGACCAACACGGCGUUCGAACGUGUGCUGACGGCCGUGGGGGAUGCUGCCAUUGCGUUCCAGCCGCGCGUGGCUUCCAGUGAGACGCAGCUGUGGCAAUUGGACUCGUCUCAACUGCUUCGGUCGACGGCAGUCACCAACAAGUGCGUGGAUGCAUACAAGCCUGAGAAUGGUGGCCCCGUGCAUUUGUGGGACUGCGAUGCUACCAACGUCAACCAGCUGUGGACGUACGACUCGACCACCAAGCAACUGCGUCACAAGACACACAUUGGGUACUGCCUUGACAUCGGUAGCCCCACUGGCGAGGUACCGCAUCUGUGGACGUGCUUGCCUACGACCCACGCAGACGUGAAGAACCAAGUGUUUGUGUUUUAG